AUGGAGAACUCUCGCGAGACCUCGGACACGGAUACUGGUCUGCGCAUUAGUGGUGGUAACCAGCCUGAGUCCGACAAUCAGCAGGAGGAGAAAGAUGCCAUCGUCACUUCCAACGCGCAACAUGGUGUUCAGGCCAUCGAGGCAGCCGCCGGUGUUUGGGGGAAAUGGGACCUGAUCGCCGCCUAUGGCCUAAUAUGGCUGAUAUACUUCGUAACAUCUAUCAACGAGGUCGUCGUCCGAGCGCUGAAUCCCUUUGUCACGAGCAGCUUCGCGCUCCAUUCGCUCACCGCCACAUCUACCGUCUUCUCGAGUAUAAUUGGAGGGCUGUCGAAAAUCCCGUUAGCGAAAAUUAUCGACAUAUGGGGCCGGCCGCAGGGUAUCUCUCUGAUGUUGUUUUUCUGGGUGAUCGGGUUCAUCAUGAUGGCGGCUUGCAGAAACGUCGAAACGUACGCCGCUGCGCUAGUAUUUUCCACGGUUGGUGCGCAGGGCGUAAGCUACUGCCUCACAGUAUUCGUCGCAGAUACAUCGGCACUCAAAAACCGAGCCCUCAUGCUCUCAUUUGCCACUUCUCCCUAUAUCGUCACGACUUGGAUUGGUGGUCCUAUGGCCGAUGCCUUCAUGGCUGGCCCAGGCUGGCGAUGGGGUUUCGGUGUUUUCGCCAUCAUUGUCCCAGCUGUGGUCAUUCCGUUCAUCGUCUUGUUCAUGUGGAACCAACGCAAAGCCAAGAAAAUGGGGCUGGUGCCAGAGACGGCCAAAAAGUCCCUGAAAAUCAAAGACAUCAAGAGGUUGGCGAUCGAAUUCGACCUCCUGGGAGUUUUGAUCUUAGCCGCAGGAAUGGCGUUGUUCCUCCUGCCUAUGAACAUUUACUCAUACCAGAGCCUUGGAUGGAAAUCACCGAUGAUCAUCUCCAUGACCGUCGUCGGCGGCCUUCUCAUAAUUGCCUUCGCGCUGUACGAGCGAUUUUGGGCCCCAGUGAGCUUCAUACCAAUGCAUUUGCUCCUAGAUCGUACUGUGUUCUUUGCGGGUCUGAUGUUGGUGUUCGUCUUUUUCAACUCGGCCGUCUGGGGUGCCUACUUCAACUCGAUGCUCAUGGUGGUCUGGAAUCAGUCACUCACCAAGGCGACUUACAUAAGCAACAUUUAUCGCGUCGGUUCCUGCUUCUCCGCGUUGGUCCUCGGCUUCUUCAUGCGUUGGACGGGGAGAUUCAAGUGGGUUGCUGUGUAUUUCGCACUACCCCUGAUGCUUCUUGGGGUCGGCCUAAUGAUCCAGUUCCGCCAGCCCUAUUCAGAUAUUGGGCUGAUAGUCAUGACUCAAAUCUUCGUUGCUUUCUCCGGAGGCCCGAUUGUUACAUCCGCAGAGCUGGCUAUGAUGGCACCCUCAGACCACCAGCACAUUGCAGCCAUUCUCGCGGUUUUGGACCUAUUUGGGAGCAUCGGGACGGCAUUGGGCUCUACUGUAUCUGCUGCCAUCUGGACCGGCGUGUUCCCAGCAGCGCUAGAAAAGUACCUGCCCGAGGGGUCGCCUGUUGACCUGAUAUAUAGCAGCAUCUAUGUGCAGCUGGGAUACCGCGUGGGAACUCCGAUUCGCGUCGGUAUUAGUUAUGCAUAUGCAGAGGCACAGCGAUACAUGCUCAUCACUGCUGUGUCGCUACUCGGUGCGGCGUAUAUCUGUGCGUGGAUGUGGCGGGAUAUCAAGCUCAAAGACAUUCAUCAAGUGAAGGGAAAUGUAGUUUGA